AUGGUUCAACUGCUGAUUCCUGUCGUCUGGUGCUUUCCGCUGGCUCCUGCCUGUGCGUUGUGCUGCUGGUCAGACCUUCCUUUUGCGCCACUCGCACCUGCCCACCUCGGUUGCGGUAAACUGCUGGGCCUCUUGUGCUGGCGCGGACACGCGAGUAUCUGCGUUGCGUGCGGUGUAUCCACUUGUUGCUGCAUCUCCCUGCGCGCCCUGUGUUCUCAUUACCAACCCGAUACGGCAGAAAAGUGGUAUUGGGAUAUGGAUGCAGAAGGAAGCCCCCUAUUGCUAAAAAGUGCCCAGUACGAGGAGUAUCCGAUCUGUUGUUCAAACUUCGUAAUAGGCUGUCGGAGACGCGGACCGCUAGACUCUUUCUGUGAUUGCUGGUUCAGCUGCUUCAUCAUGCGUACCGGCCUCCUCUUCAAGUGCAACAGCUAGUGACAAUGAUCGCCAUAAUCGUGAUGGUGAAGAUUCGGAUUUUUCAUUGCGGAAUGCCGAAGAACUUUCGCGCUGUAGAAGCAGCAUCGAACGAGUCCAAGGGAAAGCAGCAAGAAGACGCUCGCCGGUAUCCUCUCACUACUUCUUCUUCGAGCUUCGAAGAAGACUCGAUCCGAAGUUGUAUAGAUACCUGUAAAUGCGUCCGCACCAUCACGAAGCGUGAUCCGGAAAGAAACGAGGCAGACGCGGAGUAUUUUAGAAUACCUCCGAAAUAGGAAGAGGUUGCAGUUUCUGCCCGAAAGGGCGCUACUAGCAGCAGAUAGGCAACGCCAUGAAACGCUGCUCGUGGUCAGCGGACGUCGUCCACGCUUCCAUAGUGGUUAGGGUUAUCCCCCUGUGGGCGGUGGAUGACAGUAGAGCUCUUUUCUUACAACUGACCUCAUCAGCUUGAUUAUAUUCAAUUACAGUAUGCAGAUGCACUACUUCUACUGCGCAAAGAGUUAAAACAAAUAAAUAUGGUAAAUCUAAGUUAUUUGAUUGUUGUGGGAUCGUAUAAUCUUCAGUUCUUGUUUGGCAACACUCUGUCAAACUCAUGCUCAAAAAGAUUUCUUUGAUGUUGAUACAACACGCGGCAUACUUAAGUAGAUGAUGUAGUUGAUGCAGUCAGUUUCCCCUCUGCUCAUGAUAGAUUGAUAAUAUUAUCUAGGAAAUAAUUGAUGUAGCCGUCUUGUACGUCUAAGAUUCUCUUCCAUUGUUUAUCAUCCGCUUUGGAACGGCAUCUGCUGUGGUACCUAAGUGCCCUCAAUUCACACUACAGCAUUCUCAUCUAAACGAUGCUUCUUUCUGUUUCAUCAUUAUGUAAAACAAAGGUUUGAAUUUUGUCAGAAAUAAUUUUAAUAGAAAAUGCUCACAACUACAUAGAUAUUAAGUCAUCCAUAUUGAAUCCCAGGAGGAUAACUCAAUCGUGAUUGCAGCUUGGUUGAGGCCAGUCCUCUGCGU